AUGGCAAAUCAACUUCAAGGAUUGGAUUCCAUGAAUAAAAAGAUAAUUUUAAAAAUAAACUCAGCAUAUGGAUUUGGUUUGGUCAAAGGAUCUAUUGUAAUUUAUGCAACGUUGAAGAACCAAACAUUACAAACAGCUAUAAUCCCGGUCAAUAAAAAUGAAUUAAAAUUUGCCUCAGAUAUUAUAUGGCACAUGGAUAAUGCUACACUAAAAAAAUUAAAAAUGGAUAAUGCAUCUAUAAGAGUUGAGUGCUUUCGUAUUCCAAUAGACAAAUCUAAUUCAAAUGAAAGGCUUGGUUACCUUUUAUUAAAAGUGAAAGGUGCACAAACUAUUUAUCCAACAUCCAAUGAUCGUAUCGAAAAUUUAUCAUACAAAUUAAUAGGAUCAAAAAACUGUAGUUAUGAUCUCAAUUUAUCAUUACUAAUUGAAGACUCAAAUGAUAAAGCUAUUGGAAAAUCACCUGAAAAAAUUAAAUCCUUAAAAUGGAUAAAUAAUAAGAAUAAAAAUGUUGAAACUUCUUUGAAAAAAAUAGAAGACAACAAACAUUAUGAAGAAAACAUUGAAGUAGAUUUACCAAAUCCUGAUGUAAAUAUUAUGUCAGAACAAAUAGAUAUUUCACCAGAAAAACAUGAAUACCAAAAUGAAUUACAUUUUGAUGUUGAUGUUCAACAAAAAAACAUUGAAGAAUUAGAAGAAUGGAAAGACAGACAAAUGAUAUUGUUUAAUGAAAAGAUGAAAACGAAAGAAGAACAACUGUUAAAAGAAUUUAACAAUAAAUGGUCGAAUGAUAGAAAACGCAUUGAAGAGGAACUUGCUUAUGCUAUGUCAAAAUGUAAAGCAUUAGCUAAGGAUUUGGACAAAAUGUCUGAUAAGUUAAAAGAAAGAGAUGCAAUUGUAACAGCUAAGGAACUAGAAUUAGCCUGUCAAAAAGAUAGUAUGGAUAAUAAAUAUAUUGGAUUAAUGUCUUCAAAUACACAAACAAAUGAUGAGCUAAGUAAAAAUAUUUUUGAAUUGAAAAAAAAAUUGCAUGGAUCAGAAAAAAUGAAUACUUUAUUAAGAAAAGAAAAUGAAGAACUGAAGUACAAUAACAAUUGUGGUUUGCAUGUACAAGAAUUAGAGGAAAAAAUUUCUAAUUUAGAGAGUAAUCUUGAAGAAGCUAACAGGUCAUGUAUGUUCUUCAAAGAGCGGUGGAUAGCAUCUGUGAGAAAAAUAAAUCAAAUGUAUACAAAAUUUCAUGGAACUAAAACUGAUGAUCUUUUACUUAACAAUAAACAAAAUAUUCAAAACAUAUUAACUAACCAAUUAGUAGAACGGCAACACGACGAAGAAAAAUUAAGAACACUGUUAAAUGAUAUAAGUAAAUUACGGCAUGAUAUGACCAACACUAAUUAUUUGGACUUAUAA